CUGCUGAAAAACAAAGGCAGCGAGUCGAGGCUGCGAAAUGUCAUCAGUCAUGUUUAAAAGAGGAAAUGGACUUCAAACAAUCAAUGGUGUGGUUCUUUGAAGGGUGAAAUAAGCGAAGUGUUAUCACUGCUCCUGCUGUUUCUUCGAAGACUCUCGCAACAGUAAGUGACUAAAUCGGCUUUUGAGGAUCCACAGGUUCCUCCUCGUUGCUUGUUUUCUUUUUUCUUCUGUGUUUCUCGAUGGAUCUGGACUGAAUGACAGUCGCAAGGGGACUGUUGUAUCGCCAGUAGCCGUCUCGCAUCACGGACUUGUUUAUUGCACCCAGUGGAGUGAAUAAUGAAGUUAGUGCUUUCUAGAUAGAUGAUGAAUUGCGAGUCAGGGGGUUAUACGAAGCCUUUCUUUCGAAUGAGCAUGUAGGGAUUUCAGAGCCAUUUUUCAACAACUUUUGUCGUUUUAAAUCCCGCCUUUGAACAGACAGUUGGAUUUGGAUUUUCCGUCUCGAAGAGGGAAGUUUCCUGCGCGCUCGCCUGCCGAGGAGAGGCGCUGUCCGUGGUCCUGAAGUCAUUUCAACAAUCCUGUUAUCUUGGCUCGUGUGACAACAACUGAACAGUUAAAGGUGACACUGUCCACCAGCAGCAUCAAAAAGAGUUUAAUAUGGUAACUCAAACCAAAGUUCAUCUGCACACCUUGGUACUUUUGUUGUUUGUUGUCCAUCUGAGCCAGCCAGUAUGUGUCGACAUCCCGUCGGAGACUAAUGCAGUCGUGGGGAAACCCAUGAAGUUGACUUGCAUCUACUGUUUAAAGAGGGACGAGCUAAAGUCGAAGACAUGGGUAAAUUGGUACUUCAAGCCAUAUGAAGAAGAAAAUGACAUCCCUCCCGAGAAGACUCAUAUAUACAAGUUUGAUAUUGACAGUCCAGUAGAUUUGGAUGGACCAUAUAAGGGCCGUCUGAGAUGGGAUGGGACCCAGGACUUGCAAGAUCUCUCCAUUUCCAUCAUCAACGUCACCUUUAAUGACAGUGGCGUCUUUGAGUGCAACGUAAUACGAGAGUUUGUGUUUGACUCCUUCAAUCCCUCGGUCUCAAUCACCAAGGAAAUCAAGCUGACGGUGAAAGAAGAAGCCCUUGGAGACUCCGCCGCGAUCUACUCUGAGAUCAUGAUGUAUUUGCUGCUUGUUUUCUUGACCUGCUGGCUGCUGGUAGAGAUGGUCUACUGUUACAGGAAGAUCUCCAAGUCUGAUGAGCAGGCACAGGACACAGCGUGA